AAAUGGAAAAUUUUCAUCUACCCCUCGAUAUACAGGACAUGGAUGGAUUCCUUGGGGCUAGAAUUCCGAGGAAAAACCAUACCAGUUUAAGUUCCUCUUUUUUCUUCCCAAUUAACUAUUCCUCCUCCUAUUUUAUUGAUUGGUUAAUGAUGAAAAGCAACACCUUUUGAUUUCAUUCAAUUUCCCUUUUCUUUCUUCGCUGUUUCUGUAACUCUACGCUCCACACUGUCUCUUUUAGCCCUUCCUAGCCUUCCUCCUUCCCCUUUAUAGCCCGUUUCAUCAUCCCCAGCCUUUCACUGUCACAUACCCCAAUUCUCUCUCACCCCUUUCUUGAUUAUUCUCCUAAGUAUAUACUGCAAUACUUAUGAAGAGGUUCAGUUUUUGUGAUUCUUCUGUCAGCUUGCUUUAUCCCCCUCAAGAAAAGGAGAUGGUUUACAGCAGUGAUUUUCAGGCAAUGUUGGAUGGGUUGGAGGAAGAUGACUGCUUGGAAGAGAGUGGGGGAAUGAAUGGGAAGAAGAGGAGGCUGAGUGUGGAACAGGUUCAUGCACUGGAGAAAGUGUUUGAAGUUGACAACAAGCUUGAACCGGACCGGAAAGUGAAGAUCGCCAGAGAUUUGGGUCUUCAGCCCAGACAGGUCGCAAUUUGGUUCCAGAACCGCCGUGCCCGUUACAAGACUAAGCAGCUGGAGAGAGAUUUCAAUCUUCUCAAAGCCAAUUAUGAAACUCUUCAGAUUGAUUACAAGAAAGUUGAACAGCAAAAUGAAGACCUAAUUGCUGAGCUUAAAGGGCUAAGAGAGAAGCUUCUUGUUGUGGAAGAAAACAAUCACUCGGCCGGAGAAGAUUCCUGCCUGCUAGUGAGCCAUCACCACCACCACCACGACCACGACUAUCUGGCUCCGAGAAACAGCGGAGACGGGUCAUCGGACAGUGAUUCAAGCGGAGGGCUGAACAACAAUAAUGAAGUUCUACUAGACAAUAGUUACAGCAGCUUCAACUUGCAGCAGCCAUUAAUGACCAAAAGCUCUUCAAUUUACCUGCAGCCUCAGUUUGUGAGGAUGGAGGCAGAUCAAAUUGGCAGUUUAUUUACAGAGGAAUCUUGCAAUAUAUUCUCUCUUGAUCAGCCUCCUAACCUUUAUUGGUACUGCGGCGAUUACAGAAACCAGUAGAGAUUAUAUAUAUUGAUGGAUCAAUGGUAUCAUAUAAUUGUGAUCGAAUUAGUUAAUUAUUCCACAUGCAUGGAUGGAUGAUGAUGGUGAUGAUGGUGGGAAUAAAUAUUUUAAGUGUACACAACUUCAAGUACUUCAGUUUAACCCUAACCAGCUGCACGCUUUUAGCCCUUUAGUUGCAAUAUUUGGACUUUCUUGUUUAAUUUGCAGACGUAAAGUUUUGACCAUUGAUAUAUUUAAUCAUGCAUUUGCAAAAUUU